UUUACCCAAAGGCACAAGAAUGCAGCGCGUCUCGAGAGGCGAUUUCAUGGCGGAGCUGGAGCUCGUCUUGUUGAAGCUGUCCGCGAUCGAUCUGUGCCAGGCGAGGUGCGUGUGCCGCGAAUGGCGACGAGCAAUCGACGCUCCCAGCUUCCGGGAAGGGUACGCGCGCUCCCAUGGCUGCAUUCCUCACCUUUCCCUCAGGCUCGCCGAAUCCCUCUUCGUCAAGCCAGUCGACAAGUCCCCGCGCAGCGAGUGGCGCCUCUUCCAGACGCUCCCAGAGGGCAUGACCAUCGCCAGCACCGACGCGGGCUUGCUGUGCCUGGCCACGUUUGGGGACUUGGAUCGGCCCUCCUCCAUCUACGUGUGGCGCUACAGCGAUAUCAACUCCUCCCCGGUGAGAGUUCCGUUGCCACCAGUGCCCAUCGACUGGAGUCGCAUGGUGGUGUACAGCCGCGACAGGGAUCGAUCGACGCCACAGUUUCGCGUGGCUAUCUUCGACAGGCCCUCGCUUGCGUUCUACGUUUACGACUCAGCCCUCAGCCAGUGGUCCGUGCAUGGGGACUUGUACCCGUCGGGCCGGAGGGGCGACCCAGACAUGGGCUGUACCAUUCACAACAACGGCUUCUAUCCGAUGUUGCAUCACGGUGUGGCGGUGAUGCUUUGCACGGAGACGUGGAGGGUCUUGCGAUACAACAUGUGGGACGGUUCGUGGAGCAUUGCGGAUCUUGACACCACCGAGUUGGAGUUGGGAUCCAGGUGGGCGUUUGUGCUGUUGGAUCCGGGCCGACUUUUCGUGCUGAGCGAGGACGACAACACGGAAGAUUUGGAGGGACUGAUCGUCGCGGAGAUGCAGGGAGAGAAGUGGCAGGUCGCGUCGUGCUGUGACGAGCUUGGCGAUGUGGAACUGUGCGGGGACUUGAUAUGCACCGAUGGGAGCAACAGCAUAUGGCUGGUCGACUCGGACUGCUCACGCAUCAUGCACUUUGGAGUGGUUUCCAAGUGCUGGUCGGAGGUGGAGACACCAGACACUUUUCAAGGACACAAGGAACUCGCGUGGUUCUCCUGUUAAGAGCCGAAAACAGCGAAAGCGUUGAGCAUACCUGCAUUAGAUGACGUGCAUUCUCUUCUGGCAGCGCUCUUAUGCGGGUAUACAAGUUGAGCGAAAUUUAUGUUCUGCCGACCGUCUCCUCUUGGCUGCAAAAGUUUUCUGUGUGACCACCACUUUUUGUUCCAGCUUCGUUUGAUCGUCUAGAUCGACGUAUAGUAUCAAUGUCUACUUUUUAAGCGGGUCCAUGAUUGGAAAAAAAGUAUUAUUUAAGCAAAACGGAAGUCAAUUCCAUUAAUAAAAUAAAUAGAGCUUACCUUUUACUUUA